AAAAGGAAAACACAAUAUGCCAAAGCAAAACGUAAAAGCAGCGCGUGGAAUAAUUUUAAUAAAAUUGUAGAAAAACUAAAAAAUAAUAGAAGAAAUGUCUGCAAACAACAUUGCGGAAGGCGAUGUGAAUAAUAACGAAACGGUGGCUGUGCCUGUGGCUGCAGAUGCUGGGCAGGAUGAGCAAGUCGAUCAGCCAGCGGCGCAGCCACAAAAUGAGCUGCUCGACAUGGUAUUCACAUUGGAGAGCGAGAAACAGGCGCUGAUCGAGGAGUCUCGCAAAAGAAUUGGAGCGCUGCGCAAAGAUUUUGAGGAUGCGCGCUGUGAGAAUGAGCGCCUGCAGAAGCGGGUGGCCAAUUUGGAACAGUCGCUAAAGCAAUCGGUGAUGCUUGGUGGAACAGACGCACCGAAAUCUCGACAAGAACAGGAGGAGCUGCUGCUCAAAGCCAAGACAUUGCUCUUCGAAAAGACCAAAGUGAACAAACAGCAGGAGCAACAGAUAGCUGUGCUCAAGGAGCAAGUCGAGUCCGUCAAGGAUGUGCUGCAAGUGACCAAAGAUAUGCUCCAGCUGAAGACGACAGAGUGCGAACACACCCAGGCGCGCCUGGAGAAGAGCCAACUGUGGAUCAAGGCCGAGCAGGAUAAGUGCGCGAUCACCGAAAAGAAACUGCUGAUAUCGAAAUCAGUAUACGACAAGCUGCGCGCAGAAUACGACACACAGUCCAAAAUCUUUAAGGAUUUGAAAGCAGCCUAUGAACAAAAGUUACAGGUGCUGACUGUCGCAUUGGCCGAGGCCAAAAAGUAGUUGAACAAUUUAAUAAACUACAUAUGUUAAAUUAAA